UCUUCGAUGAUAGACGCGCCUCUGUUUCGGCUUUUUGUGUGUGUUGUUCCCGCGAAAGGGAAGUGAACGAAAGAUCAUUGGUGUGAUCAAAGAUGAAAUCGAAAAAGCGGCCCAGGGAGAAUACUCCCGUUGUGGACGCCCAGACGGAAGCAGCCGAUCGAGAACAGUUCUUGAAGGCAUUUGAAAAACCAACACAGAUUUAUCGCUAUCUAAGAACCAGACAUCAAAUUUCUCCAAUUAUUCUGCAUAGAACAUUGACUUACAUGAAAGAAAGAAGAUCAGUAGGCAAUUCUAAGAGAAAAAGCUUUGAUGUAAACUCCAUACUGAAGACAAUCACAGAUGAUAAACAGAAAACUUCCACUAAAACAGAGAAAACAAAGUCCUUAAAUUUAAGAAUUGCAGGAUACUUUUGUGAGGAUGAGAGUAAUGACAUGGUGGAUGUAGAAGUAUCCCUCCUCCAGGUGUGUGAGAAGCGGCGGGGUGGAUCAGUGACCUCGGUGACGAAGACCUCCUUAAAGACCCUCCAGGUUCCUGUCAACCCCAGCAGAGAAGAGAGUCCAGAACCAUUCACCAUCUCCCACGAAUGCUUCAACAACAAUCACAUCUUACCCGUCAAACCUCUCAUACUGUGUCUCAGUGUCAACACCUCACCAAAAAAUGGUAUGGUCAACGGGCAGUGCAAUGGAAACAUAGACUCAACUGAUGAAGAACUACCAAAUAAAAAGAGAAGAAAUGGUCAGUUUGCUCCAGAUGGUAUUGAAAAGCCAGUUUUUAGCACAGAGGUGGUAAUCUUGGAUAGAAACAAGAAAUGUCAUCUAGUCAAUGGGGACUAUGAGUUUGUUUUACAUGAACAGGGGGCAGACUUUAAGAAUGCAUCCUGGGAAACAGUCAUGAAUGGCAAGCAUGUUCAGGCUUUUGAGGUGUUUAACUUUCAUCCCACACUCAAGUGCUCUAUAGACUGGACCAUUAAUGGUAAACCAGACAGCUCAAUCAACUCAGGGGCUUCAGAUACUCAUACACAGUACAUAAUGGACAACAGACUCGCACAAGUUCCCCUCAACUCAGGGACCAUCUCAAAAGAGGAGGAACAAAGCACUCCAAAGAAAAGGCAGCGUGUAUUUUACCAGUUUCUCUACAACAACAGUACUCGCCACCAGAACGAGGCUCGGGAUGACCUUCGUUGUCCUUGGUGUGCACUCAACUGCAUCCAUUUAUAUGGACUCCUCAAACAUCUCAGACUCUGUCAUGCUCGAUUUAAUUUUAUUUCUGUGCCACAUCAUAAGGGUGUGAGGAUAGAUGUUACAAUUAAUGAGCGCUAUGAUGGAUCGUAUGCAGGGAAUCCCCAAAAUCUCUACAGCAAUGUUGAUAUUGGUUACGCAUUUAGACGCAAUGGACCUGUACGGAGAACCCCUGUCACACAAGUGCUCGUAUAUAGACCAAAGAGACCUGCACAGUCAUUGACCGAGUUCAUGGAACCUGAAAAUGACAUACAGAUCAACAGACAGUUCAUGCAGGGUCACAACAGGCUGUAUUACCACACCAUGACAUCAGAAGUCAUCCGACCACAGGAAAUAGAUGUAGACAGUGAGGAAGAAACCGACCCAAUCUGGCUCCGACAGAAAACCGUCAAUAUGAUUGAUGAAUUUACCGAUGUUAAUGAGGGUGAGAAGGAGUUGAUGAAGUUGUGGAAUCUUCAUGUCAUGAAAUACAAUUUCAUUUCGGACUGUCAGAUCCCAGAGGCCUGUUACUCGUUUGUACGGGAACAUGGAGUGGAACUAAUCAAGAAAAAUCUCAACAAAAACUUUCUGGUCCACAUGGUCAACAUGUUUGACUUCAGCUUGAUUCGUCCAGAUGUAGUUCACAAGACAAUGAGACUUCUGGAUGAAGUAGAUGAUUACUUCCAUAGAUCCUGAGAAUAAGAAAGAUAUAUAUGUAUAUAAUUUAUAACAGUUGAGAUCUGUAUUUAUUAACUAGAUCUGUAUUUAUGUUGAAAUCCAUCUCUCUAAUGGAUUUUUAAGAUUAAUUUUUAGAAAGUGGUGACAUUAGAUACGAAAAAAAUAUUUCCGUCCACCUCAAAUUAAUCUUAAAGUCAUCUGUUUUAAGGGCAUCCGUGAUUAUCAAUGGUUCCAGUAAAAAUUACAGGAAAUUGAAUGAUAUUACACUAAUCUGUUUUAAACAAAUCAAGGAUAUGUGUGACAAAAAAAAAUCUAGAAUCAAAUAUGUAAUGUAGUACUUAUUUAGAUAUGUAUGCCAUCCUUCAUAUCAAAUUCAAGUGGAACUUCAUGAAAUAUAUCUUGUGAACAUUCCAUCUGAACAACUAUAUUUUCUCUUCAGUGUGUACACUU